CACAUGCAUAUGCUGUGCUUGCAUUUCCUACAAAUCCUGUAGUGCUCACUGACGGAUCCUCUGGAGGCUCACUCAAAAUCUUCCAGUAGCCUGCUGAAUCACUGAGACUUACAUGAUGAGACACUGUCGCUUCCUGAGACUCAUCCUGCUGGCGGCUUUGGUGAUCUUUUCAUCUUUGAAGACAUUAAACUCAGUGGAGGAGCUGGAGAAGACCGGCUUUGGCACACCACCUCCUAGACAUGGUCUUGUGCUGCUUGUGUGGUAUGUGAAUAAUUGCAUUGACAACAACAUGGUGUCUCUCUGUAACCCCACAAAAGGAGAUUACGGCUUCCACGAAUUCAAGAAUAGAGGGCCGAACAGCCUGCUCCCAAAGCUGAAGGAUAAGAUGUAUGGCUACUUCACCUUAGGAAACCUUCAUUACAAACAUGCCACUGACCUGCCCUAUGAAGUCAGGAAAUACUACAAUCCACAUGAUCCAAAGAGCAACAUGGACAGAGUGAUUGUCAAGUAUAACAAAAACAAGAACACAAUUGAGGAGGUGUACAUAUCAGAGCACUAUAAGAAAUCAAAGACGUAUCUUCUUGGUCCACAACUCAUCGAGGAAUUAAGGCAACAGGCAGCUUUUCGUAUUGUUCCUGAAGCCUUUAGCGAGAUAUUAUAAACAUUUAAAAGAAUGUUUUGUGCUUAUUGUUAUGAAGAUGAUUUCUAUUGAUUGUAAGCACCUAUUUGCUGCUUAAUUUAGUGAGUAACAUUUUAUUUAUAGGCUUUUUACAUAGGGACUUUAUAACACAUGCAUAAGCAUUAACAUUGUAUAACGUACUUGUAAAACAAUAUCUAAAUAUUUAUAAAGACAAUAUGUGUUAUUAAGUAAAUUAUAUUUUAUUGGCAUGAAGGCCCUGAAGCUAUGACAGAUUUUGAUACCCUUGAACUGAUCAUUUUCAUACAUAAUUGUUAAAACAUACAAAUAUAUGCACAUAUGAAUAUACAUAUGCAUAUAUACACAAACAUUCUGUGCUUAGUAAAUUUGCAAAUAACUUGUUUUUAAAAGUACUUAAGCAUCAAAAAUAAAGUUCUGUGAGUUUCUACAAUUAUAUAUUUUCAAGUUCCAUUAGUCGCUAAUGAUGCUUCAUCACAGUAUUAUUAAUUGAACAAAUUAUCCCUCAGUCUCUCAAUGCAAUGUGAUUCACUUUAUAAAACAUUGUCAUCUUGUGAUUAUUGGCAUAAGAUAUUAGUAAAUUCUUAAGUAUUGCUUCAUAAAUAUGUUAUUCAAUGCUUAUACAUGUGUUAUGUAGUC